CCAAACCUCUAACUAACAAACAAGCGAAAAAACCAGGAUGAACGGCCGCAAAAGUGGAACUUCAACGAGAAUAGCCUCUAAUUUUACGACUUCCAGUCGUAAAUCGGUCCUGCAGGGAACAAAAAACUUCGUUUGGGAUCGGGAAGAGAUUUCCUCGAAUCAACCAUACUUCGAUCGGAACUAUGAGAAUCCCUAUAAUCGGCCACCAAAUGAGGUUAACUUCCUCGGAGGUUUGGGCAACAAGAAGCCCAACUUCCGUUCCAAAGUGCAUCCGCAGCGUGUCUCGACGGUUCAAAAGUUGAUGAAAAUGCGAACCUCCAAUCGAAUGCUGGAAACGUUGACGGAGGAUUUGAGGAAUGUGAAUAUGGUGCGGCAUGGAGCAGCCGGUAGAAAUCGAAAGCCAGCUGGGAACGUUAGGAAGUUUAUCGAUAAAAUAACGGACGAGCUGCAAAUUGCGGGGAACUUGGAACGUUCGACUCCAUCGGAACAAUCGGAGGAACAAUUUAUGGCUAGCAAUCGUAACAAAAUGUCAAAUGACGACUACAAGGAUAUGAUUGAAAAAUUGGAUCGGAGACUGUUGGACGACCAAUGUCCAAGUGCCUCAUUUGGGACGACUUUUCGUGAUUGGGCUACACGGGAAAGAUUCAAUUUUAAAAAUCGAAAUAACAUAGAAAUGAUGAAACGAGAAAGGGAUAAUCUCGAAUCGGAACUAUGUUCUUCGGUCGAUACGAGGUCUUAUGAUUUUAUUUCCAAUGAAGGAAAGCGUGUUACGAAAGUUCGUAACGCAUCGAAAAUUCCCCACUUGGAAGGAUUUAUGUAUGGACCAUUCACUCAGCUUCCUCGACUUGAUCCAUUACUCGAAAAUGAAACUAAAUUCGGCAUUCCACAAAGUUUAUUGGUACGAUCUUACCAAGAGAUAGAUUCGAUGAAAGCAGGAGAACGCAAUGUAGUCAAUACUCGACUGGCUCACAUGAGAAUUCCGUUGUGCCCAAGAAGCAGUGACGAAUCCUCCGAUGAUGACGAUAAGUUGGAGGAAGUGAAAAUUCUUUCCUUUAUCAGAACACCUUAUUUCAGAAUUCCCAGGGUUCGCACCGAGAAAAGACGUCGCAAAGAUCGACUCCGAAGUCGCUGGUUGAAAAAAGAUCGUCUGAAACGGAUCACCAUGCUGCUGUACGAUCGAUCCGAGGAAAAUCUGAAAUCAAAGAAGAAAUCCUCUUCUAAGCGUGGAUAUGGUUCUGAGUCAGGUGAUUCAGAGGAUUCCACUCGGAAAGUUUCCAAAAAAGCUUCAACUAGAGAUUCAACUAAACUUUCGGAACGAAAACAGCGCUACUAUGAGUUUAUUGAAGAAAAAUCUCUCGAAUACCGGCGUAUGUACGAUGAAAGUCUUCAACAACGUAUGACAACGUUUCAGGAUUUUAAGAAAAUAGAAUCUGCGCUGGAUGAUAAGAUUUCGGAAACAUCCCGCUCUCGAUCCAGGAUGCAGAAACUGAAAACUCCGGAAGAGCCGAGUGAACCUUCUGAAAAAGCUGAAUUGCGUUUUCCAGGACAACGUAUCAAAAGUCUUACCCGAAGUGAUGGACUCAUGGGAUCGUUUUAUAUUGAUCCAGAGUUUCAUGACAAGGCAAAAAAUUUGAAAUUGUAUAAAAAGCGAUCCAAGUACUACACCAGUUUGAUGAGAAGUCGCUCCAACAUUCGACAACGGCUACAGGUCAAUGCUCCCGACUUCGAAGAAGAACAGCUAGGAUUCAAAACGAAAUUCUUCAACCGCUUGGCCACCGAAUGGGACAACUACUACAUCCACGAGCUGCGCUACCGUCCAAAGAUAAGAAAAUUUUGUCCCAAGACUGAUAUUUUGAAAAUGAGGGAGCAAAGAAGGAACAACUUCCUUCAGUAUUAUAUUGCUGAAAAUCUGCUUAAGAUGAGAGAACGUCAGAUGUUGGAGCGUCGAUUCGCCAAAUGGAUCAAAGACUUCUGCAACCAGACCAAACCGAUGUUCAAGGUUUGGAAGGAUCAGGCGUAUGAUAAAGUCAUAGCCAUGACCGAUCAGGAGAAAAAUGCCCGCCAGGAGACGAAACGGCUAGCCAAUGUUUUGCGAGAACGGGAAGAACAAGUUCAAACAAUAACCGAACAAAUUCUGUUGCUGGAAGAACGUUGGACUAAAAUUAUGCAUACAAGAAACUACUACUUUCUUCUCAUGGAUCCACAAUGGCGACUUGAACAUGAUCAUCUUCAUCGAAAUCCAGAUGGUUCACUUCUUUCGGUCACCGAUGGAGUUAAAAACUGUAAAACUUUGUUCAUUCGGACCGAGGGUAACAAUAUUGGAACGGAGAUUGCCAGUUUCUACGGGGAGAAAAUAUUCCCGGAAUUGGAAAAGCAACCGAUUUGUGAGCCCGACUACGAACUGUUCCAUAAGGGGCUUAAUCAGAUCAAUCAUCGAACAAUCGAUGUGAUUCAAAAGUACAACCACAAGUUGAUGAUAUUCUCCCGGAUCGAUUAUCACUACAAGGGGGUGAUUGAGGAUUUUCCACGAUUUUUAAGCCACCAUCAGUAUCUUUUGGACACCUACAAUCGAAAGAUGGAAAUGGUUCAACGUAAGAAACAAGCGUUGAAGGUUCAGGUGGAUGAACUACUUGGGGAGCCGCUGAGGAAAAGUGUUGGGAAUGAACAUUUGAGAACCACAAUUACGAUUUUGGGACAACUUUACGAUUACAUAAGAAAAUCCAAGGGACUCGGGAAGGAGAUUGUGGAGAUAGACUGUCUGGAGAAGCUUUCCUCGAUUCAUCAAUACGUCCAAGAUCUUUUGAGCAAACUUGAUCAACUGCCGUUGGAUGUUUUGAAAGAAUCGGAACGGGAAGCGCGUCACAAUCGUCGGCAGGCACUGAAGAAGGCUAACGAUGCCUUCAAACGGAAGGAAGUUUUCGACCUCUUACGCAAACAACUCAAGUUUCACGUUAAGAAGUGAUCAAAUGUUUGAUUCAAUUAAGAGACCAUAACCAAGAUUUAGAUUCUAGUACUUUAAAGUCAUCCACAUUUUCACAACAAAAAUAAAAACUGCACGUUUGAUAAAAUAAAAUG